UGGGAGGGCACUGCAAACACAAGCACGUACAAGCCUUACAAGCAGGGCACCAAGAAACUCACCACAUGGCUGAUCGACAAUGCACGACGCUGCGGUGCCGAUCUCAGCUUCCUGUCCAGCGCUGACAGCAAAGAGAGACUGAAGAAGGGCAGCUCGGCCAAGUAUCGAGUCACGGUCCAGGAAUUGACGUCUCUUGCUCGCAAGAUUGCUGCUUCUUCUGAGCCAAAGAUCAGAAUCCCGCAGAGCAUUGUCACCGUCACAAGAACCAUCAUCAGUCUGCGCAAAGGAGCCAAUCAAUACUUUGCGGAGCUCACCAAGGCUAAGAAGGAUGAGGCCACGAAAGCUGCAGACGCUGGCCACAAAUACUUCAUCUCGGCUGUGGAGGAGAUCCUUGCGAUACUGCAGCCUGACGAGGCGGCCGCACCAGUCUCAAGCAACCUUCAGAACAUGUGUGCAGCUCUGACAGUAGAUGAUGCUGCCACCGACGAUAGCGCUCCUGCGUCAAAGUCUCAGCCAAAGCAAUCGGAGGGUACCGAGGACGAGCUCGAAGAGAAUGACAUGCAUCAUGUCUUUGCCAUCCUUACAUUCUUCAAAGACGUCAACGAUAUUCGGGACCACGUCAUGACUGUCUGGAAGGAUUGUCGUAAUGGCAAGCUGAACUUGAUGAGUGCGGCAGUCACGACUGACACUGCUUAUGGCAUCUUGAAACGCAGCUCUGAUGAUCUCUUCGAGGCACUGCCAAUGGAAGCCAACUAUCCUAGCCUGGUCCUCUAUCUCAGCAACUACGUGGAAAUGGAAAGCCUGGGUGGUAACGGCGACAAGUUCGGCGACUUUGUCUGCGCGAGAGCGUGUACCCUGCUCGCCGAAUAUGCAGAUGUACUCGCACCGAAUUCAGUACCUGCCAUGAAGUACGGACAUUUCGGCGUUUACGAUCCUCGAGGCAAAGACUGGUUCAAGCAAUCGGAGGAGCAGCAACACAAAGAUGAUCUCAUCGUGCUCAUGGAACUUCUGCCAGAGUUCACCAAAUUGUCCCGCGGCCAGGUAGAGAUACCAGCUGAAGACGGUCUCACAACUUGCCUUCGAAUCAUGAUGGAUGCCAACGACCUGGAGGCGAUGCCCAUGUACGGCAUCUUCGCCACUCAAGUCUUCCUCGACAUACACCAUGUGCUGCGAGAAGAUGCCAGCAGAGCAUUCGAAGAGCUGAAAGCCACUGGUAACCGUGUCGCCCAGACCAUUGAUGACUACUUUCGCUUCUCCCGCAGUAGGCACAUCUCCAAUUGGCCGGCACAGAAUGACCAAGUCUUCAAGGAAGUGCAGCGCUACGCGAAAGACUGCACACAGAAAGAUGUCAUGCAGGACCUUGGUCAAGCUCUCUCGAGAUCAUUCCGUGAUCAAGGUGUGCGGUCAAAGCCUUACUGGCUGCUCACCAUGAAUCCCAUUCUGGCCGGCUUGAUUGUAUUCCGACUCAACAUGAUGCUACAAGAUGGUGGUAUCAACUUGUGCACUGCCUGGGGUUCAGUCAUCUACCCAGCACACUUGUACAACGCAGCGAAGCACAGCGCUGGGCUCGAUGCAGAGUGGAAAGACAUGGACUAUCUGAUAUCUGUCCACGGCGCUCAACGCAUAUUUGUUGGUGCUCCACCGACCGACGCUGCCGAAUACCAGAAGCGCUUCCUGCUCGCUCUCGGCGCCAGUGCGAGCAACUUCGCACGCAACCGCCGUCCAGGCGGUCCAGCUCUGAUCGUGGAAUCAAAGAAAGGCCCACGUGGCUUGAAGUCCACAUCUCCCGUCAAAGACAUCUGGCGAGCGCACUACCUCUACGGCGAGCCCGUCGCACUGACCACGCCGAACAUGGUUGCAAUGCUCUCCGUCGCAAGCAAAGCGGAGCGCACAAGUGUCCCUGCAGUCGACCUUCAAGCUUUCACACGCGAGAUGAUAGUGCAGCGCCAAUACACACCAUUGCAGCUCCUCCAAAUCGUCCGCGAAGGCGUCGCAGCAGAAGAAUUCCACUUCCUCUUCGACUACUUCGGCUUUCACCAGCGCGGCUUGAAGCUUCUACGCACACUCCAGACACACCUUCACGCGGACCUGGUCAAGUACUUCACCGAGUCGUACAUCGAAGAUGAGUCACAGCUCCCAUACAUUAUCGGCUACCUCUUCAAAGUCGUACGCGGCUCAGAUCGGAUCGCGCAAGCGCUGCCGCAAGGUGUUCAGGGAGGGAGCCGAAUGCUUCAUGAUGCCGCAGGGGUGCUGGAGAACUUUCUGCGGGGUGAUGAUAAUAGGUAUGGCGGAGUGAUGCGCGCGAGGACGUGGUCGAAUGCUGUGGGUUAUGCGUAUCAUGCUGCGACACUGGACUCUGUUGAGUUUCCUGCUGGAAUCACGAGGCUGGACCCACCGCCCGCGGAUGCAUAG